UUUUUUUUUUUUUUAUUUGCUUUAUUAUAUUGCGAUUCCUCCCAUUUGCUUGCCUAUAUGCUCUUGGCUACCAUUCCUUGUCGUAUACUAUGAUAUACAGGAAAAUUACUUGUUUCCUUCUUUUCUUUCUCCCAAUUCCUCUGGCUCUCACAUCCGAAUUCUUUACCAAAGGCAAUCCACCUUUCAUUUCCUUCCUCCCUUUUCUCUCUCGAUUUACUUUCACCGCGGGCGUUCUGAAAUACUGGAUCUGGAGAUCGGUACUUGGGUUUUGUGUGGACUACGUGAAGUGUUCCUUUUAUUUUAUUAGCUGGCAGGGGGUCUGUCUACUUGUCUGAUCCGAUAUCCCUGUAUUAUUCUUGUGAUUUCAUCGUGUAUGGAGAGAAAUCAUAAUGCUAUGCCUGAGUUGCAUUGACC